AUGAGAGAAGCAAAGAAAGGCGAAGUGGAAUUGCUUUAUGACACUGGAGCUACAGUGUCAUUGAUUAAAAAGAAAUAUUUAAAAGAGAAAACGCCAGCCGAGAGAACGAGCAUAAAACUGACAGGCGUUACAGGGCAUCAAGCAAGCGUCAUAGGGAAAAUCACAGCAACCAUACGGCUAAAAGACAAAAAUAUUAAGCAUCCGGUUUAUGUUGUAAGAGACGAUUUCCCAGUUAGCUACCAGGGCAUUUUAAGAAAUGACUUUAUGAAAAAGCACAAUGCCAAGCCGGAUUCCAAAGCGGGAAAACUCUCGCUGGGAAAAAAUAAGUUGCAAUUGCGCCCAUACAAAAAUGUAAAAUUGCAACCAUGUAACGAAACAAUCGUGCAAGCUGUAACUGAUAGUAAUCAGAUCGGAAUAGUACAAGGGGAAGAAACGCAGCCAGGAGUUUUCAUAGGAAGCUGUUUGGUACAACCAAAAGGAAAUUUUUGCCCCGUGAGUAUAGUAAAUACUACGGAAAAAACGGUAACAAUAAACACUCCGCGUGUUAAAUUGGAAACGCUAGAAGAAGAGAUGGUUCCGAAAAAGAUGGACGCGUCCGGCGUGAAAAAAUUAAAAAUAGUCGUAGAUUUUCGACGACUAAAUGAAGCGACAAUAGGCGAUUCUUUUCCACUGCCAAAUAUUGCAGAAAUAUUGGACCAACUUGGGAAUGCGAAGUAUUUCUCAACGUUAGAUUUGGCGUCCGGGUAUCAUCAGAUACCGAUGGACGAAGAAAACAGAGGAAAGACAGCGUUUUCAACGCCGCAUGGUCACUACAAAUAUAACAGAAUGCCUUUUGGAUUAAAAAAUGCGCCGGCGACGUUACAAAGGUUGAUGAAUUCGGUCCUGAUGGGACUACGAGGGUAUAUCGGCGGAUCCGUCGAAAAUAAAGGCGGUCAAGAGAUUUCCAGUUCCAAAAAAAGCGAAGGAUAUACAGGCGUUCAUUGGUCUGGCAGGAUACUACAGAAAAUUUAUCAACCAGGUCUCAAAAAUAGAAAGCCGUUGACACGACUGUUGCAGAAGGAAGUAGCGUUCGAGUGGGGGCACGAGCAGCAGCAAGCGUUCGAAAAUUUGAAAGAAAAGUUAAUUAUUGCUCCAUUGCUCGCAUAUCCGGACUUCGACAAGGAGUUUAUCGUGACAACCGACGUGUCGAGUUACGCGGUCGGCGCGGUGCUAUCGCAAGGUGCGGUAGGUCGAGAUCGGCCGGUUGCAUACGCGAGCCGAGUACUCAAUAAAGCUGAACGAAACUACAGCACGACAAAAAAAGAGUUACUCGCAAUUGUGUGGGCAGUAAAGCAUUUCAGGCCUUAUUUAUACAGAACGAAGUUCAAGAUUGUCACCGAUCAUAAGGCACUGGUGUGGCUUUUUAACACAACGGCCUAUCAUCCGGAAAGUAACGGAGCGUUAAAGCGUUUGCAUCGAACAUUAGCCGAGUAUAUACGUCACUACGUGAACAAGGACCAGACGGAUUGGGACGACUGGGUGCCGUACGCAAUGUUCGCGUACAAUACGACACCACACACGGCAACAGGGUUUACACCCUUUGAGUUAGUAUACGGGAGUAAACACAAAAAAAAACACACCGCUGUUACCGAGUCGGUGGCGAACGGGAUACUGGUGCUCGUUGUCGUGAAGAGCCAUGGUCCGAAGUACAAAAGACAGCAGGACGACUCAAACGUAAGUCCUAGGAUUAGUAUAAGCGAUAAUAAAAAGAGCUUAGAUGACAGAGUAUCGAACUCGGAGUACGACCGACGCUCGCGGUUCCACUUGUUAGGCGACACCAUUCGCGAUAAAAAUAAAGUAUAA